AUGGAUGCCAACACAGAACAUUCAGACCGUGAGUGUGAUGAGGUAGAAAUUGAUACAAACAUUGAAUGUGAUGAAACUAUUGAACAACCUAUGGUUGGAAUGAAUUUUUUGUCUGUAGAAGAAGUUUGGUCUUAUUAUAUGAAGUAUGGUAAGGAGAAGGGCUUUGGAGUGACUAAAAGGAAUUCUAGACAAGAUGACGAUGAGAAUGUCAGAUGGAUUUGCUUGGCAUGUGUGCGAGGAGGCAUAUCAAAGAGUGGAUAUACCCUAUCUAAAGUGAUCUUGGAUCACACACACGAUUGUAGUCCGAGAAAGGCAAGGCAUUUCAGAUGCUUUAAGAAGGUUGAUGCUCGUGUGACGAAGAGACUUGAAAUAAAUGACGAGACAGGAAUAAGAUUAUCAAAAAAUUUCAAGUCUGUGGUUGUUGAGGCGGGGGGUACGAGAAUGUGCCAUUUGGGGAGAAGGAGUGCCGAAACUACAUUGACAAAGCUAGACAACUUCGCCUCGGGGUUGGAGGCAUAUGCCUGCAGUAAAGCUGCGUAUGAAUCAUUUGGGGAUGUCAUUGUCUUUGACACAACAUAUCUAACUAAUGUGUAUAAGAUGCCUUUUGCACCUUUUGUGGGUGUGAACCAUCAUGGACAAUCAAUUUUAUUGGGGUGUGGAUUGAUAUCAAAUGAGGACGCUAAUACAUUCGAGUGGCAUCGCUUCUGCUUGUGGCAUAUAAUGAAAAAGCUUCCUGAGAAGUUUGGAUCACAUUCUCAAUAUGAGGAAAUCAAAAGUACUCUGCGUAGGUGCAUUUAUGACUCUUUCAGUGAGCUUGAAUUCGAAUCACAGUGGCGCGAUAUGCUCGAUAUCUAUGAUCUGCAUGAGAAUGCAUGGUUGGUAUCACUAUAUAGUGAUCGCCGUUUUUGGGUGCUGACAUAUGUUAAAGACACAUUUUGGACAGGUAUGUCAACUACACAGCGAAGUGAAGGCAUGAACGCAUUUUUUGACGACUACGUUAACUCUAAAACAACUUUGAAACAAUUUGUUGAGCAGUACGAUUCAGCCCUUAAGAGGAAGGGUGGUAGAAGUACAUUCGUAGUUGCUGAUGAGAUUCAAGUUGGUGAUGACUUGUUAAAACGUGCAACCUUCACUGUCAAAAUUGAUGAAGAUCCCCUUGAUGUUAAAUGCAGUUGUAAGUUGUUUGAGUUUAGGGGCAUAUCAUGUAGUCACGUUCUUCGUAUCUUGACUCAGCUAGGCAAACAUAUAGUACCAUCAAAAUACAUCUUAGAUCGGUGGAGGAAGGAUGUAAAGCGAAAAUACACCUUCGUGAAAAGUAGUUACGACACUAGUAGCAUCGAUGAUGCCCGAAGGUACGAUAGAAUCCAGAAUUGCUUCUAUGAACUGUGUUCCAAUGCUUCAAAGUCCGAGAGCAGUUGUGUGAAAUUGAUUAAUCAUAUAGAACAGUUGAAGGCACAGUACCCGGGUAUCGCUGAUCCAGCUACUUCCAUGGGGGGCACGACAGUUGAUCCAGAUACUUCCAUAGGGGGCACGACAGUUGAUCCAGCUACGUCCAUGGGAGGCACGACAGGUAGAGUUCUUAGUCCGUUGGUAGUUCGGAGUAAGGGAAGAGGACCGUCAAAGAGAAAAGUGCACCCUGUAGAGAAGAGUCUUAAAAAAUCUAGUACGAGAAGACGAUUACACCACGACGAAGCUGAGUAUACGCCUUAUCAAGUAUAUGCGCCGGAUUUUCUUGGUAUUGGACAUACUGUUCCUCCUUCACAGUACACGCCUCAUCAAAUAUACAGUACGGAUUUUUUUGGUAUUGGACAAACAGCUCCUCCCUCACAGGCACAAUGGAAAUGA